CGCGGGGCGGCGGCGGGCGGGACCCCCCCCUUUUCUCCACGGGGGCCGGGGCGGCCUCGGCGGGCUGGGGAGGGGGCGGCCGGGCCGGGCGGCCCCGCCUGGACACCCUACCCCCUCCCUCUUCCCCCGCCGAGCCGUGCCUCUGCGGGAUGGGCGCUCCCCGCCGGUGAGAGCCACCCCCCCUCCCCAUCCUCGGCGGCCGCGCUGGGGUGGGUCCGCCCUGCCGAGCCCCCCUCAGGCCGCGGCCCACGCCGGGCCUUGCCCGGGCACCUGCUGGAGCCCAGCGGAGGCCGCGGCGGGGGCGAGGGGCGGUGGGAAGGCAGGAGGGUGCGAUGAAAACGGCGGUUUGUACCGGCCCGAGCGUCCUGUCGGUCGGUGCGGCCCAUACCGCCGCGCGUCUCCCUCCGCAGGGCCGGGCCGCGGGGCUGAGGGUCAGGCAGUGCCACCGCAGGGCUUCAGUGCCGGGUGCUGCCGCCGGCCAGGGACCCGCCAGCAUUUGCGGUCAGCAACAGCCCCCCCUCCGAACCCGUCCUGUGGUGCUGCUUUCAUAGUCCUCACUGAUGCUGUCACCAGCGCUGCUGGAAGGAGUCACGAUGCAAAUUUUGCAGCUUUACCCUAUUAUUUUAACUUGGUAAUGACACCAGCUAAGGAUUACAAGUGAAACAAGUUGUCUCAGCACACACACUAGCUAAAAACUACAGAGCGGGAAGAGAAAACUACGGCAGGAAAAUUUUUUGAAUAUAAGGAAGCCAAACUCACAUAAUUUACAGAGUUUUAUAGCUUGAUCCUCAGCUGAGGCUUUCUCUAAUACCCUGCUCUGCGUCAGAGGAGCUGCCUUGGGAGGGACUGAUACGCAAGAACAACUCGCUGUUAAGGAAACUUCCAUGAAGGCAUGGCCGAGUGCGAGAUAAAGAUAUAAAGUGCAGCAGUAAAAAUAAUGUCACGUUACUAAGGCACGCGCUGGCAUUCUGAUAAAAGCGGUUUAUAUAUGAAAAGAAUGUCGUACGAAUCAUCUUUCUAGAAACCGAACCUAACUUAGAACUAAACAAAAUCCCCUCCGCCAUUGUUCUUUAAUGAAAAUACUUGUUUUAAAGGUGGCUUUUUAUGUAACUCUCUGGUGUAUCUGGUAUCUGCGCUGUCCCUCAUCCUUCCCUAACCAAGUCUUUUGACAUAUUUCCAAGGAAAAUAAGAAUAAUGGAUCUGGUAUCCUGUGUUUCAUUUUUAAAAAAUCGUUUUAAAAUACAGAUUUUUCAUCCCUCAGAGGAAGGUUUCUGAUCUACAUGGCAGUGCUCAGGCUUCUGCUUCCCCAGCUGAGAUAUAUGCUAAGAACAAAAGGGAAACGUAUCCGGUGCCAGCGGCAGCAAGCGCCUGGAGUGCCCCUGCUCCCUGCGUGCCGGGAUGCGAUACUUGUCGAGCCAAGGAUCAGAUCCCAGCUUGGUACUUGGAGAUUCUGCUACACCACUGAAUCCCCUCCUGAAACGCGGGCUUUAAAGGACUGUGAGCUGCAGCUGAUAAAUUAAAAUGAUUUUUUUUUCUUCUCUCUAUGAACAUAAAGAUCUUUUCUUCAUAAAGAUCUUUUCUUCAUUGCGGUUGUCAUCUUCCACUCGAGUAAACGGUAAACUGAAAUACAGUGAACCUUUCUGUCUGAAAUGCUCCCGAGGAUGAAGCAGGCAAACCCAGCAGGGAAGCGAGAGUGCUGCGUGCGUGCAGCCAUUAUUCAGAAGAAGCUGUCUGUUCACAUCCCUCUGUGCUCGUCUCUUCAUUUUAAAGACUAACUACUUCCUUCUCGUCCUCUCCCCCUAGAAGAAAUGUUUUCUUCCCCAUUUCUUUUAAUGGCUAAGCAAUGAAAUAGCAAAGGUAUUGAAACCCAGUCUACUGAAUAAUAACUUAAUGAUGUGAACCCUGUUCUGUUCCUUUUGAAUGGAUGGCUGCUUUAGCAAGAGAGCUGCUGGGAUCUGCUCCCUGCUGGGAGGGAUGUGAGGAUGGAGAAACCUGGAUUGAAGCUGAACAGCAACCAGAGUGGUAUAAAACUGAACCAGAACACAAGAAUGAGGUCAAUGCUGCAAGACUCUGAAAUAAGGAGAAAUCAUAUGCAAUUAAGCUAAGUUCAAGAACUAAUAGUGAACACUUGUAGUAUGUAUUAACAAAUGUUUGGAGUUGUCUGUUAACUCCAUUAUUGCUAAUACCUGCUAGAACACUGCUGCGUCGAGCUGUGUUCAAUUUGCAUACUGAAGCAUGAUGCAGCAUGGCAGAGGUUAAUGAAAUACACUGGUGUAAAAUCUUCACUGUGUGUUUUCGGUAUGUACAGUCAUUCCCAGAACGAGCGGAAGCUGACAAAUCAUUCCUUUUAGUUUCACUUUCUGGCAAACAUACGAAACCUUGAAAAUUUAUUUUGGCUAUCUAGAAAAGCAGGCUAAACCAACCACAUUUAUUUUGUUUGUAUCUGAUGUCACAUCUGAAUGCAGGUCUCCAGAGGUGAUCUAUUAAUGUCCUAAAGCGUUGCACCAUCUGGUUUCUCUUUUGAUGCGCAGCAUUUUGAAUGCUUGGUUUAAUCUCCCUGGGUUUCACUAAAUUAUGUAAACUUGGAGGCUUGGCAGCGGGAGAUGGGCACCAUGAGGAGAUGAUUCAGUCAUCAAUAUCUAUUGGGCUUCCUUAUUGCUGCCAUUACACUUCUUUCAGUUCUACUUAUAAAUUUUGCAAAAUCGGAGCACCUUGGAAUAGAUGUGAGUACAAGACUUUGCACCAGCUAAAGCUGCCUUGGAAAGCCAUGGCUGCCGCCCCUCAGCUCAACUCGGAUGCACUCCGAGAGGUCCUGGAGUGCCCCAUUUGCAUGGAGUCCUUCACUGAGGAGCACCUGAGACCCAAGCUCUUACACUGCGGGCACACCAUCUGCAAACAGUGCUUGGAGAAACUCCUAGCAAACAGCAUUAAUGGGAUACGGUGCCCCUUUUGCAGCAAAAUCACGCGGAUCACAAGCUUAGCUCAGCUGACUGACAAUCUUACUGUGCUGAAGAUCAUAGACACCGCCGGACUGGGGGAAGUGGUGGGUCUUCUCAUGUGCAAGGUCUGUGGGAGAAGGUUGCCAAGACACUUUUGCAAGAGCUGUAGCUUGGUUUUGUGUGAGCCGUGCAAGGAGACAUCACACAUGUCCCAAGGGCAUAGAGUCAUUGCUAUCAAAGAGGCUGCUGAAGAGCGUAGGAGGGAAUUUGGGACGAGGCUUGCCAGACUUCGGGAGCUCAUGGGUGAUCUGCAGAAAAGAAAAGCAUCUCUGGAGGGUGUUUCGAGAGACCUGCAAUCUAGAUACAAAGCAGUUUUGCAAGAUUACAGCAAAGAAGAGCGCAAGAUCCAGGAAGAACUGGCCAGGUCACGCAAGUUCUUCACCACCUCUUUGUCUGAAGUGGAGAAGGUAAAUAAUCAGGUAAUGGAGGAGCAGGCUUAUCUGCUGAACUUGGCAGAAGUGCAGAUAAUGUCUCGCUGUGACUACUUCCUUGCCAAAAUAAAGCAGGGAGACAUAGCUCUCUUGGAGGAGGCAGCAGAUGAGGAAGAACCAGAACUGACAAACAGUCUCCCAAAGGAGCUGACUCUUCAAGAGGUUGAACUCCUUAAGGUGAGCCAUGUGGGACCACUGCAGAUCGGGCAGGUGGUGAAGAAACCCCGGACCGUUAACGUGGAGGAAUCGCUCAUGGAAACUGCAGCAUCCUCAUCGGCAUCGUUUCGGGAGCCUGACUUUGUGCAAGAAGAGGCCAGCUGCACACCAAAUUCCUCACCAGCCAAGCCAAGGAUGCCUGAAGCAGCCACGAGCAUCCAGCAGUGUCACUUCAUCAAGAAGAUGGGCUCCAAGGGCAGCCUGCCAGGGAUGUUUAAUCUCCCCGUCAGCCUACAUGUCACCCUGCAAGGCGAGGUGCUUGUGGCAGACCGAGGCAAUUUCCGAAUCCAGGUUUUUACCCGCAAAGGCUUUCUGAAGGAGAUCCGCCGGAGCCCUAGCGGAAUCGAUAGUUUUGUACUGAGUUUCCUUGGGGCGGACUUGCCCAAUUUGACUCCCCUUUCUGUCACCAUGAACUGCCAUGGCCUGAUAGGCGUGACCGACAGCUACGAUAACUCUGUCAAGGUCUACACCAUGGAUGGUCACUGUGUGGCGUGUCACCGGAGCCAGCUAAGCAAGCCCUGGGGCAUCGCCGCCCUGCCUUCUGGGCAGUUUGUAGUGACCGACGUGGAAGGGGGAAAACUCUGGUGUUUUACGGUGGACCGCGGUGUGGGGGUGGUGAAGUAUAGUUGCUUAUGUAGCGCGGUGCGCCCGAAGUUUGUCACCUGCGAUGCUGAAGGAACCAUAUACUUUACUCAAGGGCUGGGGCUUAACCUGGAAAACCGGCAGUACGAACACCAUUUAGAAGGAGGUUUUUCAAUUGGCUCCGUCGGCCCAGAUGGGCAGCUGGGACGCCAGAUUAGCCACUUCUUCUCCGAGAAUGAGGAUUUCAGGUGCAUUGCUGGGAUGUGUGUUGAUGCCAGGGGAGACCUCAUUGUUGCUGACAGUAGCCGUAAAGAAAUCCUGCAUUUUCCUAAAGGAGGCGGCUAUAAUAUCCUAAUCCGGGAAGGACUCACCUGCCCAGUUGGUAUCGCCAUUACUCCCAAAGGGCAGCUGCUGGUGCUGGACUGUUGGGAUCAUUGCAUUAAGAUCUACAGUUACCAUCUGAGAAGAUACUCCACCCCGUAAAGGCAUGUCUCUCAGCAAAGCCUCUUUUGGCAGCAGAGAUUCUUCCAGCCUCAUUGCAAUCUGACAGGAAACAGUGUCAAGCGUUCAGGAAGAUUGUGCCAUAACCGAAGGGGGUUUGGCAUAAAGGCUGUCGUGUUUUGUGUUUAGAAACAAAAUAGCUUACGUGGUGGUGGUCUGCUUUUUCUUCUUUUUAUAAAAUCCAUACAAUAAAAAAGAACAAGCACGAGAGAAAGGAUCUGUCCUUCUGGAGUAUUGGUUCCUUGCUAAAUGACUGGUCACUCCACUCCAUAAACCUCACCUCCUUACGCCACAUCUCCUACACUUCCAGUUUCAACCAUUGUAUCUUUCUUUGUGCCAUAAACACUGACUGACUGCUCUAAAUCACUUUCCCGUAGAGGACUAGAGAGGCAAUCCUCUUCUCGCUGUGGUACUCGCAAGGAACUGGGUAGCAGUUGUCUGGGCAACUACUAGAGAAAGCAAUUUCUGAUUGCAGCACUGCAUAAAACGAAAUAGCCCUCUUAAACUGCAGGGAGAUGGAGCUUUACUUUCAAACUGACGAGGGACGGUUUUCUCUCUCCGUUUUUCUGAUAUUCGGGAGAUCGCCCCUGUCGUGCCAUUUGUGAACCGUGUCUGUUCAAUGUGAAGUGAGUACUGUGCAAUCAUGGGAGACCGAGCCAGAGAACUGCUGUCGGAUGGCAACAGGGUUUUUAUUACUACUAAGAGUUCUGCUAGGUGGACGGGGGUAAAAAGGAGGGGGCUGGAGGAAAAGAAACGAGGGGAAACCUAUGGUUGAUAUUUUCUGUUGUUUUAUUAUUAAAUGUAUCCUGGAAACUGUCCUCGGAAGGUA